CCACUGAAUGGAACGGAGGCCAAAUAACACAUUGAGUUGAAUGGCCUAGCAUUUCCUAGAUUUUAUUAAUAAAGAAAGAUGGAAAGGGAGUACCUGUAAAUGUUUCAAAUUGACGAUGUUCCCAUUUAAGACGAAGUAUGCAUAGAGGAGGUAUAAGAAGACAUAGUUCUCAUAAUGAAGAUGGUGUUAAUGAUGAAGGAAAUUGGGGAGGUUAUAGAGGAAGACAAAGAGGAAGAGGUGGAGGGAGGGGAAGGAGAGGCGGCAGAGGUCAUCCAUCUGGAUUAACUGGAAAAGAUAUAGGGUUAUGGUAUGCUGCAAGGGGUAAAGAAAAAAGAAAGGCCCAUGAAGCGAGAGAGAGACAUGCUGUAGCCAUUGAUGAUCACGAUAAGAAGAAUAUAAGGUCAAUUCUUGGAAAGGGUUCAGACUCAUCAGAAAGUGAUGAAGAAGGACAGUUUGAGGAAAAGGUACUUCAAGACGAGGAAGUUUGUUUUGACCAAACAGUUGCAUCUCAUGCUGUGAACAAUCAAUUGGUUACAAAUCUUUGCCCGACAAAGUCUAGUUUGUACAAUGAUGAAAAGUUUAAUGAAUGGCUCCAAAAUGAUCUUCAAAACAGGCAGAAGAGUAGCGAGAAGUAUCAAGUCAUGAUGGAAUUUAGGAAGAAUCUUCCUUCAUACAAAAUGAAAGAGGAAAUAUUACAAGCAAUGAGAGCAAGUCAAGUUAUGGUUAUAAGUGGUGAAACAGGAUGUGGAAAGACAACACAGGUUGCACAAUUCAUCUUGGAUAAUGCUAUUGAAAGAGGAGUUGGAUCACAAUGCCACAUAAUUUGCACUCAGCCAAGAAGAAUAAGCGCUAUUUCGGUUGCCGACAGAGUGGCUGCCGAAAGGGGUGAAAGAUGUGGAGAGGGAAGUGUGGGGUUUCAGAUUCGUCUUGAAAAUCAACUACCACGUACCAGAGGAUCUAUACUUUAUUGUACUACUGGGAUCCUGUUGCGGAGACUCGUAUCUGACCCCUUGCUUCGUGAAGUUAGCCACAUUGUUCUGGACGAGAUUCAUGAAAGGGAUCUGUUUUCCGAUUUUCUGCUCAUCAUUGUGAAAGAUCUUCUUCCGCUAAGGCCAGACAUAAAACUGGUGCUUAUGAGUGCCACACUCAACUCUGAAAUGUUCUCAGAUUAUUUUCAUUCAUGUCCGAAAAUAAACAUUCCUGGGUUUACAUACCCUGUUCAAGAGUUCUACAUUGAAGAUAUAUACGAAAUGCUGAGCUAUAUCCCAAAUGUUUCAACUCGAAACGAUAAAGCUAAACCAUGGCAUAGAAGACGAUCAAGAGACAAUGAAAUCAAAAAAGAGGAAGAAAGAAGAAAUCUAAUUAAAUAUUUACAAAAUGCACCGAAUGGCAUGCACUAUUCCAGGCAGACUGUACACUCACUGUGCAAUGCAGAUCUUGAAUCAAUCGAUUUUCAUUUAAUCUCAUCCAUCUUGCGCCACAUUUGCAACAGAAUGGAGGAUGGCGCUGUUUUGAUAUUUCUCCCUGGCUGGGAUGACAUUUCAAAACUUCAUGACUUGCUGCGAAGUAACCCAUUCUUUAACGCUGAUCGGUUCAUGAUUUUGCCUUUGCACUCUCUGAUGCCAACAAAAUGCCAGCAACAGGUGUUCGAUCGUCCGCCGAUUGGAAUAAGAAAAAUAAUAAUUGCCACGAAUAUUGCGGAAACCAGCAUUACAAUUGAUGAUGUUGUUUUUGUUAUCAAUUCCGGGAAGAUUAAAGAGAAAACCUACGACACAUCAUUAAACAUAUCAUGUCUUCAGCCCGUAUGGGCAAGCAAAGCUUCAUCAAAACAGCGAAGAGGAAGAGCUGGAAGGGUGCAGCCUGGCCACUGUUUUCACCUUUAUACACGUCUGAAAGAAGAGUCGUUGGCCGACUACCAAACGCCCGAAAUUUUGAGAACGCCUUUGGAGGAGCUUUGCUUGCAAAUUAAAAUUCUUAAACUCGGUAAUAUCGAACCAUUCCUGGCAAAAGCUCUACAAUCGCCCUCUCCAGAAUCAGUGUACAACGCCAUUCGCUCGCUUACAGAAUUGAAUGCCCUCGACAGAAACGAAAACUUGACGCCACUCGGCUACCAUUUGGCCAAUCUUCCGGUGAACCCAAAAGUUGGCAAAAUGAUUCUAUUCGGUGCAAUUUUCUCAUGUCUUGAUCCAGUAUUAACGGUUGCCUCCAGCUUGGGUUUCAAGGACCCUUUCUUUAUCCCUUUGGGCAAAGAAAAAGAAGCAGAUGCUGUACGAAAACAAUUUGCAAACGGAGCCAAGAGCGAUCAUAUCAUGCUUGUAAACGCCUUUUCUAAAUGGGCAAAGAUUCGUGGAACGCGCCAAGAAAAAGAUUGGUGCUGGAGGAGUUUUCUUUCUGUAAAUACGUUGAAUAUGAUCGCCAGUAUGAAGUCUCAAUUCGCCGGCCUUUUGCACCAGAUCGGUUUCGUUGAUUCCCCAAGUGCAGAUUGCUACCAGGCCAAUGUCCAUUCAGACAAUGUCAAGUUGAUUGCAGCUGUUAUCUGCGCUGGUCUCUACCCAAAUGUUGCCAAAGUUUCGAAUCCACACGGACCAAGCGGAAUGCCGAAAUUCACGUCGAAUAACCACGGCAGAGUUCAAUUGCACCCAAAAUCUGUUAACUUUGGUGUGAAGCAUUUUGAAUGCCAUUGGAUGGUUUACCACGAAAUCAUGAAGACCUCCAAGAUAUUUCUGUAUGAUACCAGCCUGAUUGCCCCGUUUCCUCUGUUGUUCUUUGGUGGGAAAAUUACGACAGGACGCGAAGAUUUCCAAAAUGUUAUUAAAAUUGACGGGUGGAUUAAGUUCAAGGCAUCACCGGAGAUUGCGAAACUUGUUAAGGAGUUACGAAUGAAGCUGGAUGAAUUACUUGAGCAGAAAAUUUCGAACCCAAACUUGAGGUUAAUGGCCGACCGUUCUCAGAUGAACGAUCAAGGACGACUUCUUGAGGCAAUUAUCAAUCUAAUUACUAAAGAAGAAGUCCAGAGAAGCUGUUAGCUGCACCCCAAUGAACUGCUAUCAUUUGAGCCAUGAAGAGAGAUGCUAUCGUUACAGUCUGUGUCCCAGAAGAUGUAAGCCCUUGAUUGCAUCGGUUCGAAAAAUUACGGAUUUUGGAUCCUUCAGAUAGUAUCGUUUGGUUUUGGAUUCACUUUGUUGCCUGCAGAUUCAGGAACCAUUUUGAAGAAGAGGAAGUUCAAAAAGCUCUCGAAGUCACUUUUUUAUAUUUAUACGGGUUUAGCCAAGACUAUCAGCAUUUCAAGGAAACUGUUUCUCAAGUUUAGAAUGCAUCUCGACUCUCUGCAUUGCAACUUUCCGUAAUCAUCUUUUAUUUUGUGUUUUGUAAACAGAAUAUGUCAUAUUCUGGAUUUAUUUAUGUCUGGACUGAGAUAUCGGAGACACUCGGGGCUCUAGAUUCCUUUUAGGUUGGGUGUAGGGUUUGUAGCGAAUCCAGAUUUUUUUUCUUAAAUAAUGCAAGCGAUUCUUUAAUAAAAUAUCAACGAAAUAAGAGGACCGUACCUCAGGAUGAAUAUAUAGUUGACCAGAUACCAACCUGUUUUUGCAAUCUUGCUUUGCAGAUGGUUUUCACGAUCUUGGCUCCUAAAGGCUGGUUUUCAUAUAACGUAUUUUGACGUAUUUCAUCGCAAUUCAGAGUCUACGAUCAAUUAAGAUUAAGUUUCUAAUGCCCCGAUAGUUUUUUAUAGUUCAAUUCAACUUUCCAUUCCAUUCGAUCAAACUAUUAUAUAUUCAAUUUUAUUGA